CUUCACAAGGCGCCAAGGGCGGUGUCAGAAGCCCCGCGGCGCCGACCCCCAGGCGCGUCGGGACACGCGUGCGCGGAAGGCCUCUCACGGAGGAGUUGUGCCGCAGCACGUAGUCUAGCUCGCAGCUCGCCUGGAAGGGGGUUCCCCGUGCGCGACCGCAGUGCGGCCUUUCGACAGUGAAGACUGCUUCACUCCUUACUUUACUAAAAAUAAAGCGGGCUUGUAGUGGUUGCUCAUGUUAACAUUGAGCACGUAUUUAUCAGUGCCCGCUCUGUGCCCGACGCUGUGCUACUGGAAGAAGACAGACAUUUAAGAAACGUUGCAGUCCCAGUGACCGAGACGGGCUCAGAAAGGAAAGCCCUCGCUGCCCGCAGCGCCCGCCGAGCCCUUUAACCACGUGCCGCGGCGCACCUUCCCGCCCCAGCCCCAAGCGACAGCUUUCGCUGUUACUCCGUCUCAGUUCACGGCAACGCCACCUUUGCAAAACCCUUGCUGUUUAUUCUGAACUCCUCUUUCUCAAAGCCCACAAACGCAGUUCAUCAGCAACCAGCAGAAGCGCCACAUUCACAGUGAAUCCAGCCCUGCUCGCCCCUCCACUGCUUCCGUCCCAGCCCAAAUCACAGUCGUUUCUCGCCUUCAGUUAACAGGUCACCUGCUCCUCAGGCACGCCUUCCGUGACCAUCCUCAUUUAAAAUUGCAGCCUAGUACACCCCUCCUUCCCCUUCUCCUACUUACUUUCGUUUUGGGCACAGUACUUAUUUCACCUUCUAACAUACGUAAGGUUUUCCUGUCUUUCAGGUAUUGCUUACCGUUUCUCAGUUGUUUCUUUUUCACUGCUCUGCACCCAGUGCCUAAGACACUGUCUGGUUAGGACAAAUGGGUAGUUGUGUGCUCUUUGGCAAACCAUUAACCUCUCUGCCCCUCAGAUGGUUCAUCUGUACUCACUUUGCAGUCUUAUUGUGAGGAUUAAAUCACAUAAUGUGUAAAGCUCAUGACAGAAUUAUCACUCUGUAUUGUGACUAUGUAUCUACCUUUUUGUCCCCGCUGCUGCAGCAUGACUCCCAGAAGACAGGAACUGGAUUUUAUUCGUCUCUGAAGCAUGGACGUAUAGUAAAAGGGUUAGGAGCAAGACUCCUGGAGCCCAAUUAAAUGGGUAUGAAUGCUACAAUUUACAAACUGUGUGACCAUGGCCAAGUUGCCUAACGUCUCUGUGCUUCAGUUUCAUCACCUGUACAAUGAAGACAAGAAUGCUUGCUGCAUUAGAAAGCACUUAGAACAGUUCCUGGAAUAUAUUACAUGCCAGCUAUUAUCUCUGCAAACUUGUGCCUGGCAGAGAGAAGGUCUCAGCAAAUGUUUACCCAAGGGGCUUCUUCCUGAUUGUUUCCAAGCUGGACAAUACCUUGCCAAUGGCUCCCAAACACAUUCCUAUCCGUGCAGAAGUGGACUCUCCGUGAUAACACUUCUUAUAGAAACCCUGAUCAAGAUUCUUAUUAGCUCCUAUACUUUGAGGCCCUUGGGAGGCUCUCAUGCCUCCUAAUAUACAUUAAACUGAGUAGGUUCUCUGCUUGAGCUCAGCAUGGCUAUAUUUUGAUGUAAGGAGAUAUAGCCUAUACUCAGGCCAAAUGUAAACAACCUUAAGAAGCAUCAGGUAGCAACGAUGCAAGGGAAAUAGGUACGUGGAUGCUGGGUAGUUAUGAGUGCUCUGUAAGCAAAUGAAGCCAAGAGAGAGAUCGGUAGUGCCGGUGGGGCUAGAGAACUUACAGUGUCAAGGCGCUGGUCCAGAUUUGAGCUCAUUAGGAGGUGAGAUUUGAGCCAAGACUUGCAGGAGAUGUGGGAGUGGAAACGUGUGGCUAUCUGGGAAAAGGGGUUUCAGGUAGAGGAAACAGCAGAUGCUAAGGUCCAGGUGCAAGGGUGUGCUCGGUGUUUUAAGGAAGAGCAAGGAGGCCAGUAGCUGGAGUGAGAUGAAACCUUGGAGGUGGGGGGAAGGGACAUGCAGAUCAUGGGGAAGACUCUAGGCCAUGGUCAAAAUGUAGGAUUAUACUCUGAGUGAGGUCAGAAGCCAGUGGAGGUUUCUGGGCAAAGAAGUAACUGGAUCCGCUUUAUGGUUUUAAAGGUCAUUCAUUGGUGUCUGUGAGGGGCAAGGGCGGAAGCAGGGAGACUGUUAGAAUAUUACUCUUGCUGGUGCAGGUGGAUUCCAGAAUCUUCAACAACAUCAGCCCCCUCUUUCCUUUCCUCAAAGGUUCUGAGCAAAGCAGCAUUCUUGUGCCCCUGCUGCUUUCAGAGGUGAACGGGUUAAGCUUUAGCUCAGCCUCCCUUUUCCUACUCAGUUCUUCCUGUGGCUGCUUCCCACUGCCAAAAAGGAAGCAAUCCUAUCCGUCACUGCUGAGCGCUAAUGCUGCUGUCACUCCAGCCAGUCAAGUUCCCUAAAGUCCUUUGAGAAAAUUUUGGGACUUUUCACUAAAUCAUACAAAAUUUACCUUUUUGCUCCUGGGAGCCAAAGAUAUUUUUAGAGAAGAAUUAAUCUUUCGUUUCUCCAGUCGAACAUUUUCUAGCAAUCAGAGCCAUGCAAAUUGAGCUCUCCACCUGCUUCUUUCUGUGCCUUUUGCCUUUCAGCUUUGGUGCCAUCAGAAGAUACUACCUGGGCGCGGUGGAACUGUCCUGGGACUAUAUGCAAAGUGAACUGCUCAGUGAGCUGCACGUGGACACAAGGUUUUCUCCUAGAGUGCCAAGAUCUUUUCCAUUCAACACCUCAGCCAUGUACAAAAAGACUGUGUUUGUAGAGUUCAUGGAUCAGCAUUUCAACAUUGCCAAGCCCAGGCCACCAUGGAUGGGUCUGCUGGGUCCUACCAUCCAGGCUGAGGUUUAUGACACGGUGGUCAUUACACUUAAGAAUAUGGCUUCUCAUCCUGUUAGUCUUCAUGCUAUCGGCGUAUCCUACUGGAAGUCUUCUGAAGGUGCUGAAUAUGAGGAUAAAACCAGCCAAAGGGAGAAGGAAGAUGAUAAAGUCAUUCCUGGUAAAAGUCAUACCUACGUCUGGCAGGUCCUGAAAGAAAAUGGUCCAACGGCCUCUGACCCACCAUGUCUCACCUACUCAUAUCUUUCUCAUGUGGACCUGGUGAAAGACGUGAACUCAGGCCUCAUUGGAGCCCUGCUGGUUUGUAGAGAAGGGAGUCUGACCAAAGAAAGGACACAGACCUUGCACGAAUUUGUACUACUUUUUGCUGUGUUUGAUGAAGGGAAAAGUUGGCACUCAGGAAAAAAUGAGUCCUUGACACAGGCUGUGGACCCUGCAUCUGCAAUGCACACAAUCAAUGGCUAUAUAAACAGGUCUCUGCCAGGUCUGAUUGGAUGUCAUAAGAAAUCAGUCUAUUGGCAUGUGAUUGGGAUGGGCACCACCCCUGAAGUGCACUCAGUUUUCCUUGAAGGGCACACAUUUCUUGUGAGGAACCAUCGCCAGGCUUCUUUGGAGAUCUCACCAAUAACACUCCUUACUGCUCAGACACUCCUGAUGGACCUUGGCCAGUUUCUACUGUUUUGUCAUAUCUCUUCCCACCAACAUGAUGGUAUGGAAGCUUAUGUCACAGUAGAUAGCUGCCCAGAAGAACCCCGCAAAUGGAUGAAGAGUAAUGAAGAAGAAAAUUAUGAUUUUUAUGACUCUGACAUGGAUGUGGUCAGAUUUGAUGGUGACAGCGCUCCUCCCUUUAUCCAAAUCCGCUCAGUUGCGAAGAAGCAUCCUAAAACCUGGGUCCACUACAUUGCUGCUGAAGAGGACGACUGGGACUAUGCUCCCUCAGUCCUUACCUCCAAUGACAGAAGUUAUAAAAGUCUGUAUUUGAACAAUGGUCCUCAGCGGAUUGGUAGGAAGUACAAAAAAGUCCGAUUUAUAGCUUACACAGAUGAAACAUUUAAGACUCGUGAAGCUAUUCAGUAUGAAUCAGGAAUCCUGGGACCUUUACUUUAUGGAGAAGUUGGAGACACACUUUUGAUUAUAUUUAAGAAUAAAGCAAGCCGACCAUAUAACAUCUACCCUCAUGGAAUCACUGAUGUCAGUCCUUUGCACCCAGGGAGAUUUCCAAAAGGUGUGAAACAUUUGAAAGAUAUGCCCAUUCUGCCAGGAGAGAUAUUCAAAUAUAAAUGGACAGUGACUGUAGAAGAUGGGCCAACUAAAUCAGAUCCUCGGUGCCUGACCCGAUAUUACUCAAGCUUCGUUAAUCUAGAGAGAGAUGUAGCUUCAGGACUCAUUGGCCCUCUCCUCAUCUGCUACAAAGAAUCUGUAGAUCAAAGAGGAAACCAGAUGAUGUCAGACAAGAGAAAUGUCAUCCUGUUUUCUGUAUUUGAUGAGAAUCAAAGCUGGUACCUCACAGAGAAUAUUCAGCGCUUCCUCCCCAAUGCAGAUGGAGUGCAGCCCCAGGAUCCUGAGUUCCAAGUCUCCAACAUCAUGCACAGCAUCAAUGGCUAUGUUUUUGAUAGCUUGCAACUGUCGGUUUGUUUGCAUGAGGUGGCAUACUGGUACAUUCUAAGUGUUGGAGCACAGACUGACUUCCUGUCUGUCUUUUUCUCUGGAUAUACCUUCAAACACAAAAUGGUCUAUGAAGACACACUUACCCUAUUCCCCUUCUCAGGAGAAACUGUCUUCAUGUCAAUGGAAAACCCAGGUCUGUGGGUUCUGGGGUGCCACAACUCAGACUUUCGGAACAGAGGCAUGACAGCCUUACUGAAGGUUUAUAGUUGUGACAGGAACACUGGUGAUUAUUAUGAGGACACAUAUGAAGAUAUUCCAACCUUCUUGCUGAAUGAAAACAAUGUCAUUGAACCCAGAAGCUUCUCCCAGAAUUCAAGGCACCCUAGCACUAGGCAAAUGCAAUUCAAAGCCACCACAACUCCAGAAAAUGAUGUGGAGAAGACUGACCCUCAGUCUGGAGAGAGAAUGCAGCUGCUUAAAGAACAAAGUGUCUCCUCUAGUGAUUUGCUGGUGCUCUUGGGACAGAAUCCUACUCCACAUGGAUUAUCCUUAUCUGAUCUCCAAGAAGCCAGAAAUAAGUCUAAUGAUCAUUUACCUAGAGCAAUAGAAAGAAACAAGCGCCCGUCUGAAGUGGCACAUCUCACACCAGAGCUCCAUCACAGUGGGAAAAGAGUAUCUACGCCUGAGCCAGAGCUGCCGUUAAGAUUGAAUGAGAAUUUGGGGACAACUAUAACAACAGUAGAGUUGAAGAAACUUGAUUUUAAAAUUUCUAGUUCAUCGAACAACCUAAUGACUCCACCAACAAUUCCAUCAGACAAGUUGUCAGCAGGUACUGAAAAGACAGGUUCCUUAGGACCCCCAAAUAUGCCAGUUAAUUUUAGUAGUCAAUUAGGUGCCAAUGUAUUUGGCAAAAAUUCAUCUCACUUUAUUGGGUCUGGUGUACCUUUGGGCUUGAGUAAAGAAGAUAAUGAUUCCAAGUCAUUAGAAGCAGUUUUAACAAAUAGUCAAGAAAGUUCACUGGGAGAAAAUGUAUUAUCAGUGGAGAGUGAUAGGUUAUUUAAAGAGGAAAGAGUUCGUGGACCUGCUUCAUUGACCAAAGAUGAUGCUUUAUUUCAAGUUAAUAUCUCUUUAGUAAAGACAAACAAGGCACCAGUUAACUCAACAACUAAUACAAAGACUCACAUUGAUGACCCAGCAUUAUUAAUUGAUAAUAGUACAUCAGUCUUGCAAGAUAUUAUGUUAGAAAGUAAUACUGAGUUUCAAGAAGUAACUUCCUUAAUUCAUGAUGAAAUGUUUAUGGACAAAAAUACUACAGCUUUGGGACUAAAUCAUGUGUCAAAUAAAACUAAUUCGUCAAAAAAUAUGGAAAUGAUCCACCAAAACAAAGAAGGCUCUGUGCCACUAGAUGCAGAAUAUCCAGAUACAUCGUUCUUCAAGACUCUGUUCUUGCCAGAUUCAACAAAUUGGAUAAAAAGGACCCAUGGCAAGAACUCCUUAAGUUCUGGGCAAAGGCCCAAUCCAAAGCAAUUAACAUCUUCGGGAUCAGAAAAAUCUGUGAAAGAUCAGAAUUUCUUGUCAGAGAAGAAUAAGGUGGUAGUAGGAGAGGAUGAAUUUAGCAAGGGCACAGGUCUUAAAGCGAUGAUUUUUCCAAAUAGCAAGAACGUAUUUCUUACUAACUUGGCUAAUGUCCAAGAAAAUGAUACACAGAGUCAAGAAAAAAAGUCUCAGGAAGAGAUAGAAAGGAAAGAAAAAUUAAUCCAAGAGAAUGUAGUUUUGCCUCAGGUGUAUACAGUGACUGGAACUAAGAAUUUUCUGAAGAACCUUUUUUCACUAAGCACUAAGCAAAAUGUAGAAGGUUUAGAUGAGGAGACAUAUUCUCCAGUACUUCAAGACACCAGGUCAUUGAAUGGCUCAGCAAAAAGAGCAGGGAUUCACAUGGCCCAUUUCUCAAAAAGAAGGGAGGAAGCAAACUUGGAAGACUUGGGAAAUCAAACAAAGAAAACACUAGGUAAAUACCCAAGCACCACGAAGAUGUCUCCUAUUCCAAGCCAGCAGGAGGCUAUGCCUCAGCGUGAUGAGCGGGAUUUGAAACCAUUCAGACUCCCACUGGAAGAAACAAAGCUUGAAAGGGGGGUAACUUUGAAUGACACCUCAACUCAGUGGUCCAAAAACAUGAAAUAUUUGACCCAGGGCACCGUCACACAGAUAGAGUACAACAGGAAGGAGAAAAGGGCCAUUAUUCAGUCAUUCUUAUCAGAUUGUUCUAUGAGGAGUCAUGACAUUCAAACAAAUGGCUCUGCAUUACCCAUUGCACAGGUAUCAGUAUUCCCAUCAAUUAGACCUACAGAUGUGACCAAGAUUCCAUCCCAAGACAACUCUUCUCAUCCUCCAGCAUCCGCCUGUAGUUAUAGCUUUGUGGAAAGGAGUUCUGGGGUCCAAGAAAGCAGUCAUUUCUUACAAGGAGCCAAGAGAAAUAACCUUUCUUUAGCCUUCCUAACCUUGGAAGUAAUUGGAGGUCAAAGAAAUAUCAGCGCCCUAGGGAAGCGGGCCACAAACUUACUCAUGUACAAGAAACUUGAGAACACUGUUCUCUUGAAACCAGGAUUGCCUGAAGCAUCUGGCAAAGUUGUUCAUCAGGAAGACUUUUUCCAUACAAAAACUAGCAAUGGUUCUCCUGCCCACCUGGAUCUCAGGGAAGAGAUAUUCCUUCAGAAAACACAGGGACUUGUUAAACUGAAUAAAGUAAAUAGACCUGGAAAAGUGUCCUUUCUGAAAUGGGCAACAGAAAGCUCUGAAAAUACUCCCCCCAAGCUGCUGGGUCCCCUUGCUUGGGAUAACCAAUAUGCUACCCUGAUACCAAGAGAAGAGAAAUCCCUAGAGAAGUCACAAAAACACAGAGCUUUUAAGACAAAAGACAUCAUUUUGCCCCUGGACCCUUGUGAAAACAAUCAUUCAAUAGCAGCAAUAAAUGAAGUACAAGAUAAGACCCAAAGAGAAGCCACCUGGGUAAAGCAAGGAGGGACUGGAAGGUUGUGGUCUCAAAAUCCAACAGUCUUGAAACGCCAUCAAAGGGAAAUAACCCUUCCUACUUUUCAGCCAGAGGAAGACAAAAGUGACUAUGAUGAUACUUUCUCACUUGAUACGAAGAGAGAAGAUUUUGACAUUUAUGAUGAGGGUGAAAAUCAGGACCCCCGCAGCUUUCAAAAGAGAACGCGACACUAUUUUAUUGCUGCAGUGGAGCGGCUCUGGGAUUAUGGGAUGAAUAGAUCCCCCCAUGCACUAAGAAACAGAGCUGAGAAUGGAGGUGUCCCUCAGUUCAAAAAGGUGGUAUUUGAGGAAUAUGCUGAUGGCUCCUUUACUCAGCCCUUAUACCGCGGAGAACUAAAUGAACAUUUGGGACUCUUGGGACCAUAUAUAAGAGCAGAAGUCGAAGACAACAUCAUGGUAACAUUUAAAAACCAGGCAUCUCGUCCCUACUCCUUCUAUUCUAGCCUUAUUUCUUAUGAGGAAGAUCAGAGGCAAGGAGCAGAACCUAGAAAAAAGUUUGUCGAGCCUAAUGAAACCAAAACUUACUUCUGGAAAGUGCAGCAUCAUAUGGCACCAACUACAGAUGAGUUUGACUGCAAAGCCUGGGCGUAUUUUUCUGAUGUUGAUCUGGAAAAAGAUGUGCACUCAGGCUUGAUUGGACCCCUUCUGAUCUGCCGCACAAACACUCUGAGCGCUGCCCAUGGGAGACAAGUGACAGUGCAGGAAUUUGCUCUGUUUUUCACUAUUUUUGAUGAGACCAAGAGCUGGUACUUCACUGAAAACAUGGAAAGGAACUGCAGGGCUCCCUGCAACAUCCAGAUGGAGGACCCCACUUUUAGAGAAAAGUAUCGCUUCCAUGCAAUCAAUGGCUAUGUGAUGGAUACACUACCUGGUUUAGCAAUGGCUCAGGAUCAAAAGAUCCGAUGGUAUCUGCUCAGCAUGGGCAGCAAUGAAAAUAUCCAUUCUAUUCAUUUCAGUGGACAUGUGUUCACUGUACGGAAAAAGGAGGAGUAUAAAAUGGCAGUCUACAACCUCUACCCGGGUGUUUUUGAGACAGUGGAAAUGCUACCAUCCAAAGUUGGAAUUUGGCGGAUAGAAUGUCUUAUUGGCGAGCACCUGCAAGCUGGGAUGAGCACGCUCUUCCUGGUGUACAACAGGAAAUGUCAGACUCCACUGGGAAUGGCUUCUGGACGCAUUAGAGAUUUUCAGAUUACAGCUUCAGGACAAUAUGGACAGUGGGCCCCAAAGCUGGCCAGACUUCAUUAUUCUGGAUCAAUCAAUGCCUGGAGCACCAAGGACCCCUUUUCCUGGAUCAAGGUGGAUCUGUUGACACCAAUGAUUAUUCACAGCAUCAUGACCCAGGGCGCCCGUCAGAAGUUUUCCAGCCUCUACAUCUCUCAAUUUAUCAUCAUGUAUAGCCUUGAUGGAAAGCAGUGGCGGAGUUAUCGAGGGAAUUCCACUGGGACCUUAAUGGUCUUCUUUGGCAAUGUGGAUUCAUCUGGGAUAAAACACAAUGUUUUUAACCCUCCAAUUAUUGCUCGGUAUGUCCGCUUGCACCCAACGCAUUACAGCAUCCGCAGCACUCUUCGCAUGGAGUUGAUGGGCUGUGAUUUAAACAGUUGCAACAUGGCACUGGGAAUGGAGAGUAAAGCAAUAUCAGAUGCACAGAUUACUGCCUCAUCCCACUUAAGCAAUAUGUUUGCCACCUGGUCUCCUUCACAAGCCCGACUUCACCUCCAAGGGAGGACUAAUGCCUGGAGACCCCGGGCAAAUAAUCAAAAAGAGUGGCUGCAAGUGGACUUCCGGAAGACAAUGAGAGUCACAGGAAUAGCCACCCAGGGGGUGAAAUCCCUGCUCACCAGCAUGUAUGUGAAGGAGUUCCUCGUAUCCAGUAGUCAAGAUGGCCAUAACUGGACUCUGUUUCUCCAGAAUGGCAAAGUAAAGAUUUUUCAGGGAAAUCAAGACUCCUUCACACCCGUGGUGAACGCUCUAGACCCCCCGCUGUUUACCCGCUUCCUUCGAAUUCACCCGCAGAGCUGGGCGCACCACAUCGCCCUGAGGCUGGAGCUUCUGGGCUGCGAGGCGCAGCAGCAGUACUGAGGCCCGGUCCUUCCUUCCUGGCCCCGGGCCCUUUCCUGGUUCGGGUCCAGCAUCCCUCAGAGCCCGCCCUCCGGGUCACUUCCUGCCCCACGCUGCCCACGGUGCCAUCGUUUUUCUAUGUAUUCCAAUUCCUCAGUCCCGGCAGAUAUGCCCUGAAGCCUCCCAAAUCAAUCGUCAUGUGUCCUGCGUUCUCUGGGGCUGUUGCAUCCAAUUUACCUCUUGCGCAUUUGCUGCGGCCGCUCCCAGAUUGGUCCUUCCUUCCAAGGUACUCAGGCAAAAAGCAAUGAGGAAACUCAGCUGGAAAGCAUUCUCCUCUGGGCACGGCCACCACUUCCUCCUCUGUGGUGACCAAGAAAGGUCAUGAUCAUACUAGGCUUCUAAAGGACAUAUUUUUAAUAUUUCCACAGAAAAAUGAGGAAAAUCCAUGGCUCUCUGGGAUAGGAGAUACAACAUUGUAAUUCUAAUCAUGCACUCAUUUUACUCCCUCCUCAGCUAAUUUCCUGCUGAAACGACACAACAAAAUGUACCAGGAAAUUCUGCACCCUAACUGCCCAAGAGGAACCCCCACCUCGCCCCAUCCCUGACAGAUAAGGUUGGGAAUGGUUUACUGUCCUGUAAAAGUCCAUUAAGGUUAGAGGUUAAUUUACAGAAAUCAAUAAGGUGAUAUGGUUUGACUCCCUGUAAAAGGUUAACCACUUUUAUGUCUAACUUAAUCACCUUGUUUUGGCAUUCUUUUCCCAUUGACCACAUACAUCUUUAUUUUUCAAAUGCUCUUGAAACCAGCUCUUUUGUCUUCCCGCUGGUUCCCUCAAGAAUCAGUUAAACAAAACAUUGGUGUGUGAAAACAAAUGCCUUUGAGAGUUGUGCUUUUAUACUGGAAAUAAAAAUGUGAACAAUGAAAUUUUAUAAUUUAUGAGGUGAAGCUAACAUUUAAAAAAUUAGAAAUGGAGCCUUGAUCCAGUAGCAGAGAGAGAGAUUCUUAACCUUGACAUCCAUUAGCACUAGAAGGAGUAAAGGCAGUAGUCUGGCCUCUGGCCCAUCCCACAAACCCCCCUUUUAUAAGUUUUCUAGAGGUUGUGACCAACCAGAAUCCGGGAGAGGCUGCAGCAGAAUGUAGUGAACCUAAUGUGAGAAAUGCUGUAUUUGCAUCGCCCAGAUCUCCUGGGAUCACUUUUACGAGUUCAGUGUUUGCAAUCAUACUCCAGCUGAUUUGGCUAAUGGGGGGCCUGUACUCAGAAACCUACAAGACCCUGAUGAAGAUGACACAGAUGGACAAAUAUACUGUGUUCAUGGAUUGGAAAAAUUAAUAUUGUUAAAAUGACAAUGCUACC